AUGGCUUCCUUCUACAUCGAAAACAAAAACGUUGGCAAUAAGGCCGAGAGUGAGGAUUGGAGAAUCCGCGGCUACAACCCUCUCACAGCACCCGACCUGCUCCAACAUGAAAUCAAACAGACACAAGAAUCGAAGCGUACCGUGCUUGACGGCCGUGAGGAGGUUGUCGCAGUGGUCAAUGGCACGGACGAGAAGCAGCGACUGCUCGUGGUCAUAGGCCCAUGCUCCAUACACGAUCCCCAGGCAGCCCUCGACUACUGUGACAUGCUGCUGAAAGAGAAGGAGAAGCACAAGGAUGAGCUGCUGAUUGUCAUGCGCUCCUACCUCGAGAAGCCCCGCACGACUGUUGGCUGGAAGGGUCUCAUCAACGAUCCGGACAUCGAUAAUAGCUUCAACAUCAACAAGGGCCUGCGCCUGUCGAGACAGCUCUUCGUGGACCUGACCUCGAAGGGGAUGCCUCUAGCGAGCGAGAUGUUGGAUACAAUCUCCCCGCAGUUCGUGGCUGAUGUGCUGUCUCUCGGUGCGGUGGGUGCGAGAACGACAGAGUCUCAGCUGCAUCGUGAGCUGGCGAGUGGUCUUAGUUUCCCCGUAGGCUUCAAGAACGGCACCGACGGCUCGCUUGGUGUUGCAAUUGACGCGAUUGGUGCUGUCAGGCAUCCCCAUCAAUUCCUGUCAGUCACGAAGCCCGGUGUAGCUGCCAUCGUGGGCACGGUCGGCAACGAUGACUGCUUCGUUAUCCUGAGAGGAGGCACAAAGGGCACAAACUACGAUGAGAAGAGCAUCAAGGAGGCCAAAGCAGCGCUGCAGAAGGCCGGCGUCCGCGAGAGAAUGAUGGUGGACUGCAGUCACGGCAACUCGCAGAAGAACCACAAGAACCAGCCCAAGGUCGCGGCCGUCCUGGCCGACCAGCUUGCCAAGGGUGAGACUAGUAUCAUGGGCGUGAUGAUUGAGAGUAACAUCAACGAAGGAAACCAAAAGGUGCCCAAGGAGGGCAAGGCAGGCCUGCAGUACGGCGUCAGCAUCACGGACGCGUGCAUCGGCUGGGAGGACACCGAGUCUGUCCUUGCCUUGCUAGCCGACGGCGUGAAGAAGAGGCGUGCUAUCAUUGAAGAGGCCCGGGCGAAAGAGAACGGCGCAUAG